AUGGCUGACGACAUUGUUUUCGAAUUACUCCAUUCAGAAAUAAUAAAUUAUGCUAUGGAGCAAUCGAAAGAUAACUCUGAAAAGAAGGAGGCAGACUUAUCUAUUGUGGAAUACAUUGGAUUUGCGGCUGGAUAUAAAGUAAUGGAGCGAUUAACCCGAGAAUGGUCGAGAUUCAAAGAUGAACUGGACACCAUGAAGUUUGUAUGCACAGAUUUCUGGACUUGCAUUUACAAGAAGCAAAUUGAUAAUUUGCGCACAAACCACCAAGGAGUGUAUGUGCUUCAAGACAAUGCGUUCAGAUUUCUAACUAACUUUUCUAAUGGGCAACAAUACUUGGAAUAUGCUCCCAGAUAUGUGGCGUACACAUGUGGUCUGAUAAGAGGCGGUCUGGCAAAUCUGUCCAUAAACAGCAUCGUCACCGCCGAAGUGCAGUCCAUGCCCUCCUGCAAGUUCCACAUCCAUGUCCAGAGAGGAUGAGUAGCAAAAUAAAAUAUUUAUUAAAAAAAAAA